AUGGACAGUGCAUCUGUACAAAUUCUUAACCGUAAACGUGCUAUAGUGUACGCUUAUUUAAGAACUUUGACAACAUUCCAUAAACAAAGCCGGUCAAGAAAGCGUGUGUGGAGUCGUUCGUGGCUCUUGAGGCGUGACCAGGAAAAUUGUGUAUUAAGUAUGCUGUUUAAUGAACUUGGUCCAGAAGAUCCUUCAAGCUUCGCGAAUUACACGAGGAUGAAGGAACCUGUUUGGAAUGAGUUGUUGGCACUUGUCGAACCUUUAAUUGUAAAACAGAACACGGUGAUGCGAGAAGCUAUAUCGCCAAAGAGAAGGCUUUCUGUGACCAUUCGGUACCUAGCAACAGGUAACACAUUCAAGGAUCUGAGCUACUCUACUCGAAUGGCACCUAACACAAUUUCUAAAGUUGUUCAAGAAACGUUAGAAGCUAUUAUAAUCGUGCUGCAGAGUAGAGCAAUUACUUUUCCUGCAUCAGCGGAGGAUUGGAAGGUAAUAGCACAAAAAUUUGAAAUGUCUUGGAACUUUCCUCACUGUGUCGGUGCAUUAGAUGGAAAACAUAUUAAUUUUCGCCCAGCCCGGAAAGAAGGUUCCAAAUACAGAAACUAUAAGGGAAGCGACAGCAUUAUACUAUUAGCUCUUGUUGAUGCAGAAUAUAAAUUUUUACUUGUGGAUGUUGGGCGAAAUGGUCGUACUCACGACUCAACUGUUUUUCGAACCAGCGUAUUAGGAAUGAAAAUGGAAAACAAGGGUUUGAAUUUACCUUCAUCAAUAGAGUUGCCAAAUGCAAAUUAUAAAUUACCUUAUGUAAUAGUUGGUGAUGAUGCAUUCUGUUUGAAGGAGAACCUUUUAAAACCAUAUCCAGAUAGGGGUCUGAUGUAUGAAAAGAAGAUUUUCAACUAUAGGUUGAGCAGGGCUCGGAGGGUUGUGGAGAAUGCCUUUGGGAUCUUGGCGAACAGAUGGCGUAUUCUAUUGACAACGAUACCAUUGGAUGUGAAAAGAGUGGAAACAAUAACAUAUGCAUGCAUACUGCUGCAUAAUUACAUAUUAUCGAAGAAAAGUGCAUGCCACUGGUAUGUACCUAGCAAUUCACACGAGUCUAAUUUUCAGACAAAUGUUACUGAGAUGAAGGUUUCUACAAACCCUUCAGAAUCAUCAAAUCGGAGUAGUGAUGAUGCUCUACAAAUUCGGGAUAAAUUUUGUUAUUAUUUUAAUAAUGAAGGAACGGUUCCUUUUCAGCAUUCUGCUGUUACAAAAGGACAUCGAUAG